AUGCCUCGCUCAUCCGACCACUCCCGCGACCCUUGCCCAUAUGUCAUCUUCUCUGAUUUGGGCGCCUCAUUCGCUAUGGGCGCUAUUGGUGGAGGUGUCUGGUACGGUAUCAAGGGCGCCAAGAACUCUCCAAGGGGCGAACGCUUCCCCGGAGCUUUGGCAUCGUUGAAGGCUCGCGCUCCAGUUUUGGGAGGAAACUUCGCCGUCUGGGGAGGUCUCUUCUCGACCUUUGACUGUGGAAUGAAGGGUCUCCGUCAGAAGGAGGAUCCCUGGAACUCGAUUGCUUCUGGAUUCUUGACGAGCGGAGUCUUGGCUGCCCGUAGCGGCCCCAAGGUCGCCCUGACCUCGGCUGCCCUCGGAGGCGUCUUCCUCGCCGUCAUUGAGGGUCUUGGAAUCGCCAUCUCCAGACUUGUUGCUGAUCAGAACCGCCCUAUGUCUCCUCAGGCAAGUCUCUCAACUUAUCUUGAUAUGCUCUCUUCCUGA